AUGCCCACGGUGCUCCCUAACUGGCAGCAGUGGAGCCCCAAGUGGAGACAAUGGGAAAGAGUUCCACUCUGUUCCUCACCCAGGCCUGAUCCACAGCUCCAGAGCCCUGCUGUGGCAGCCGUCUGUCCCUUCUCCUCCGAGGCAUGUAGGUGGCCAGCAGAGCGCUUAAGCAGGGUGAGGACGGGACCUCCAUCUGGAACGCCCCAGACCCAGCCGCAGCCCCAGCAGCCUCUACUCUCAGUAGGCUUGGGUUCCCCACAAGCGCCCUGUAGACAGGGCCUGAGCUGGUCCUCCCCAGGCCUUGCCCGCCUCUCCAGGUACAGCGCUGGCUCCCUGCUCCUGGAGGGUGGGGCCAAAUCUGGGAUAGAUGGGGCUCCAGGCCAACGGCAGCUGGGGCUCAGUGCCCAGGACUGUGGCAGGAAGCACCAAGGCUUCCCUAGCCCCCUCCUCACACCCACCAAGCCUUCUGGCCCUAUCCCAGGUGGGGCCCUACCCCUCCCCAUUCCCAGGAACUGGGGGAGGCCAAGCUGUCAUUUAUCCAUCCUGUCCCAUCUCUCCCUUCCUCCCGCUUCCCACUCCCCUGGCAACCAAACCAGACCCAUCAAGGAGAAGGAACUGGCAGCUGUGCAGGGAGAGACUAAUGGCCCGGAAGGAAGGAGGGGCCUGGAGAGGAGACGAAGGCGGUCCCAUCUGAGGCAGACCUGUCUCACAGGAGAGUGCUGGAGUCCCCGGCAGCAGCAGCAUCCCCAGCCCUAUGGUUCCUGGCAAACCCAGCAGACCUCAGCAACCCGGCUCCUGCAGAUGAUCCGAACUGCCUCUGUCCACUCCUGGGCAGGUUGUGCUUGCAUUCUGGAAGCUGUUUGACAUACAAAGGCCAGAUAUCAGCCUUCCCGCUAACUCUGGGGUAGGGGAGGUGUGGUGGGGUGUGUGAUUGUGUGUGUAUUUGUGUGUAUG